UUUAAAUUUCAAAACUUGUUUUACCGUCAACGGUCGGUGAUGGGUGUUUCAAUGUGAAUUCGUAGAGUUUGCUAUAAUGUUUAACAAGAGAAAUGUGGCGAAAGCAUUUUCGCCUAAUAAAAUUAACAAGAUUCCGAGGAAACAAGUAUCGGUUAAUGGAACGAAACCUAGUACAAGUGGAAGUACAGCUUCAUCAAUACAAGUCAAAUCUGGUUCGCAAACAAGUAUCAAAGUAAUUGUAAGAGUUCGACCACAGAAUGACCGUGAAUUACAGGGCAGUUGUAGAACCAUCAUACAAGUUGUUGACGAGAAGAUGAUAAUUUUCGAUCCCAAGGAAGAAGCAAAUCCUUUCUUUUAUCAUGGUGUUGCUCAAAGGGGUCGAGAUUUACUCAGAAAACAAAACAAAGAAUUGCAGUUUAUUUUCGAUAAAGUUUUUGAUGCACAAUCUAACAAUAUAGAUGUAUUCCAAGGAAGUACUAAAGAUUUAAUCACUGGCCUGCUGGAUGGUUAUAAUUGUUCUGUGUUUGCAUAUGGAGCAACAGGUGCUGGAAAAACUCAUACGAUGCUUGGCAGUAAUGAAGAUCCUGGAAUUACAUACAGAACAGUAGCAGAAUUAUUUUUUCAAAUAGAAAAGCAGGGUGGGCACCGUGAAUUUAAUUUAGGUGUUACAUACUUAGAAGUUUAUAAUGAGAAUGUUCAAGAUCUUUUACAUAACUCUGGUCCUUUACAUUUGAGAGAUGAUGGUAGGUAUGGCAUUAUAAUUGCAGGCCUUAAAGUAAUUAGUAUUAAUAGUGCGCAAGAGUUAUUGUCCCUUUUAGUAAAGGGUAACAAAAAUCGUACUCAGCAUCCCACUGAUGCAAACAAGGAAAGUAGUAGAAGCCAUGCUGUCUUUCAGGUUUAUAUUAACAUUACCAACAAAUUAGAUGGUCAAGUGCGGCAAGUCAAAUUGUCUAUGAUUGAUUUGGCUGGAUCUGAAAGGGCUUCUGCUACAGGAUGUAAGGGAGCAAGAUUCAAAGAAGGUGCAAAUAUCAAUAGGUCUUUACUAGCUCUUGGAAAUUGCAUUAAUAAUUUGGCUGAUGGUGCAAAACAUAUAACAUAUAGAGAUUCUAAACUAACACGACUAUUGAAAGAUUCACUAGGUGGAAAUUGUCAGACAGUUAUGAUAGCUAAUAUUGCACCCUCCAGCCUCAGUUAUGAAGAUACAUAUAACACUUUACGAUACGCGAACAGAGCAAAGAAAAUAAAGACACAUAUAAAGAAAAACAUUCUAUCCUGUGAAAUGCAUGUGACUGGAUAUAUAAAAAUGGUAGAAGAACAAAAGAAAGAAAUAAAUUAUUUAAAAGAAAAACUGUUAGCUUUCGAGAAUGGUUUGAUAAAUGUAUCACAAGUGCCUAAGGAUACAAAGAUGGAUGAGGAGAUAGAGAACAAAUUGAUUCAGUUGCUUCAAAGAAAGAAAACCCUAAACGAGAAAGUUUUGUCAUUAGAAAGCGCCGACAAACUAUUGUGUUGUAGAUUUCAAUAUAAAGAGGCUGCAGAUGAGAGAUUAUAUAAUCUUAUAGCGACUAUUGACGAUGUAAGUCCAGAAAAAGAAAAUGCCAGUGGUAAAUGGCAUUUAAAUAAUUCUGUGCAAUCCUUUGAGCAGCAGAGAGAAUCUUUGAAAAUACAAAUGAUGACAACAUGGGAAGAACUGCAUUCAAUUGAAAUCGAAUUACAGAAACUGAAAGCUGAAGUGGAGUUGCAAAAACUGGAAAAGCUAGAGAAUACAAUUGCACUAAGAACUUGUGAAAUAGAAAAGGCUAGAUUGCAACAGCAAUAUGAGCAUGUGAAAAAGAUCAGUAAUCUUCAACAGUAUGAAAUGCAGUCUGAUUAUUCGAUAAAUAAAACAAUGAGUAUUACAUUACAAAAUUAUUAUAAUACAAUGAAAAUCAAUGGAAUAAUGACAGGCACAAUGAAGGAGGAAUUUAAACAAUUAAUUAAAUUAUUAGAAGGUGUAAGAAAUAUCAAAUGGUCAGACAUGGAAACAAUUGAUCAUGAAAAACACUUUUACAGUUUGACUUGUCUUAACAUAUCUGAUUUGAUAGAUCCUCUCAAUAGUAAAGUGCCAGUAUGUACAACAGAUGUUUUGGUUGAUCACGAGCAUGAUAAUUGUUCUAAAGACACCUUAAACUCAACUUUCAGUACAUCUAUUCCAAACACAGGCAAAGCCAUCAAAACAGAAGAUACGACUUCUAGUUUAGUGGAAUGUGCAAAUACGACUUUCAAUAAGGAUACAGCGAAACCAAACGAACACAAGGAAGAUGGACAGAGUAAAGAAAAUUCUACACAGGGGAAAACGAGAAAGCGUAUUCUUUUGGAUAAAAAUCAUGGAGAUAGUGCAAAUACACCCAUAAAGCAACCAAAAGGGAUACCCCUGAAGCAUAAAGAUACAGUGAACCCAGUAGGAAUGAAGGGCAAAGAAAAUAAAUAUGUACAAAGACCACAUACAGUAAUGAGUACAAAAAGCAUUACCACAUUAAAUAAAUUAAAAGCAGAGAAACGUAAAAAGGAUAACAUUGAUGGAACAUCUGCUGCUCUGAAAGUAAUGAGAGACAAGGAAAGGCGUGGAUUAAUCACAACACAUCCAUACCAGAAGCCAAAUGUAAAACAAAAAUCCAUUGUACCUUCACUUUCGUCUCGGGUGCCACGGCAGUAGAAAUAAUAAUUGAUGGUAUAUCGAACAACGUAUAUAAUUAUUUAUGUUUAAGCCAGUCACUAAGGUGCGCAAAGAACUGGCUAAACAGCUUAUAUUUCUAUUAUAAUAUUAGUAUAAAAAUUAUUAGGAUGACGCCGUACAUG